GCGCUUCAGCUCCCGGUCGCCCCCAGGUCCCGGGGCCGGUGUCCGGGGUCCGGAGGGCCGGGGGACCGGGCCCCCCUCCGACCUGGGCGCUCUGCGUCUCGGAAUGUGGGCGGAGGUUCCUCUCUCCGGCGCCCCGGGCCUCGGAUUCCGGGUGGGGGCGCGUGGCGGCCGCCAGGUGAGCGCCCCAGACGCGCCCCGGGGCGCCCCGCCUCCGCAGACACCGCCCCCGCCGCGGCAGAGCGGGCCCGGGAGGCCGGGCCGGGGUGGGGGGCCGCGCUUCCGAGGUGCGCGCGGGCGGGGCGGGGCGGCGCCACGGCUAUAACCCCCGCCCCCAGCCCUCCCUCCGCCGCUGCGCAGCCCGCGGACCGCAGCUCCCGCCCGGCAGCCUCUUGCGUCUAGCUCGGCCCCGCUGUCGCCCGGCGGCAGGAGGGGGACGGGCGGCGAAGCGAGGCCGACAGCAGGCAGGUGCGGCGGGCCCGGGAAUGCAGCGUCCCCGGCCGCGCGGCGCCUAAGCCGGCGCGGGGAGCACCGGCCGCGGGAGGAGCCCGCCCCGCCUCCGCCCCUUCCGCCGUCCGGCCUCCCGUCCCCGCCUCCCGGCGGCUCGGCCGGCUCUGCGGGCGCGCUCCCCGGCUCCUCCCCGCGCCGCCGCUGCCGCCGCCGCCGCCGCCGCCGAGGCAUGGUCCCGGGGCUGGGCGCGCCCGGAGCCCGGCUGCAGCGCCCGCCCCGCGGCCUCGCCCGCCCGCCGAGCCGCCCGUACCCCGGGCCGCGAUGAGAACGUGGGCUUGUCUGCUGCUGCUGGGCUGCGGGUGCCUGGCCCGCGCCCUGGCCGAGGAGGGCGUAGAGGUGGGUGCCUCCCCCGCCGCGCCCGCCCCUGCCGCCCCCGCGAGCGCAGCGCCCGGGCCGCGGGCGCGCCCCUGCCCGGCCCUGCCCGGCCGCGCUCGGCUCUCCGCCCCGUCCGAGCGCCGGGAGGCCGAGGUCCCCCGCGAGGUGGUGGAGAAGCUGGCGCGCAGUGAGAUCCGCAGCAUCGGGGAGCUGCAGCGGCUGCUGGGCGUGCGCUCCUCCGCAGGGCCCGAGGAUGCUCCGGAGCCCCAAGUGAGAGCCCGUGGGGGCCGCAGCACCCAGCAUGCACCAGGGAGGCCACUGGCACCCAUCCGGAGGAAAAGAAGCAUCGAAGAGGCUGUUCCUGCUGUCUGCAAGACCCGCACAGUUAUCUACGAGAUCCCCCGCAGCCAAGUGGAUCCCACAUCUGCCAACUUCCUGAUCUGGCCGCCCUGCGUGGAGGUGAGGCGCUGUACUGGCUGCUGCAACACCAGCAGUGCUAAGUGCCAGCCCUCCCGUGUGCAGCACCGCAGCGUCAAGGUAGCCAAGGUGGAGUACAUCCGCAAGAAGCCAAAGCUGAAGGAGGUGCAGGUGCGGCUAGAGGAGCACUUGGAGUGCACCUGCACCCCUGCUGGCCAGAGCCCUGACUUCCGUGAGGAGGAGGCCGGAAGGCCUAGGGGGUCGGGUAGAAAACGGAAAAGGAAGAGGGUAAAGCCCUCUUAGCAGGACCAGACGUCAGGUGAGGACCAGCCGCAGCCCUCCCGGGACUCAGGUGUGCGUGGCGUGUUACAUUCCUGAACCUACGACGUGGUGCUGACCGCCGGUGUGCAUUUUGUUCUCCUCUGGGCUGCCCCCGCACUCUGGGGAACAAAGGACAGCACCCAUCUGUUCACGUGGCAUCGGCGCGGGCAUGGCAGCACCUGGCCGCACGGAGAGAGGCCCCGGGCACCACAGACACGUGGCUCUGCCUGCCCCGGCCAGUAGGUGGAGCGGCCCGAGAAGGACGGGCGUCCAGGGCCCGGUGCUCUGCCGGGGAUGGGACGGGACGGGACGGGACGGGGAUGAGGAGGCCCAGCCACACUGCACUGCACAGAGCCUUCCCCGAGAGCCUUAAGUGGGUUUUUUUUUACACCAUAAAGUGAUGAUUCAGCUUC